ACAUGAGCCGAUGAAACAAAUCAAAAGUAGUCAAAAACAGCCAAUUAUACCCUUGACUCCAGAGGGUUAAAGACACCUGUAAAAGAUCAGUUUUCAUUGUAAACUAUUUUCCUGAAAUAUUAAAUAAAUUGUACUAUUUUUUUUUUUUUUUCUGAGACAGUGUAUUGCAAUGAGGCCCCCGAGAGCAAAAAUUAAACCGAAAGAUGAAGCAGUAAAAUUUUCAUCUUUGGGGCAGGACAAAGAUGGAUUUGAAGUGAAAUUCAUAAAUUCAGUAAAAGGUCGAGGAGUGUUUAGUAGGUGCAACUAUAACAAAGGAGACUUCCUUCUGGAAUAUCGCGGAGAUGUUGUAACCAAGAAGGAAUAUGAAAACAGAACAAGAUUGUACCAUGACGCCUUAAAGGUUUUUCUUUUUGAAUUCCGGUACAAUGGACAACAAUUAUGCAUUGAUGCAGCCAGAGAGGAUGGCUCCUUGGGCAGACUGGUGAAUGACGAUCACGUGAGCCCAAACAGCAAAAUGAGGACAAUCGCAGUAAAUGGAAAGCCUCAUCUCUGUUUAUUUGCCAUAAAAGACAUCAAGCCGGGGGAAGAAAUAACAUACAACUACGGUGACUCUGACUGGCCAUGGAGAGUAAAGGUUUCAGAGCACCCUGACCGUUCUCAAGCUGCUGUGCCCAUGGCAUCGUCCUUCUUUGAAGUUGAUGAGCAGGUUUCAGAGCACCCUGACCGUUCUCAAGCUGCUGUGCCCAUGGCAUCGUCCUCCUUUGAAGUUGAUGAGCAGGUUUCAGAGCACCCUGACCGUUCUCAAGCUGAUGUGCCCAUGGCAUCGUCGUCUCUUAAAGAUGAUGAGCAGGUUUCAGAGCACCCUGACCAUUCUCAAGCUGCUGUGCCCAUGGCAUUGUCCUCCUUUGAAGUUGAUGAGCAGGUUUCAGAGCACCCUGACCGUUCUCAAGCUGCUGUGCCCAUGGCAUCGUCCUCCUUUGAAGUUGAUGAGCAGGUUUCAGAGCACCCUGACCGUUCUCAAGCUGAUGUGCCCAUGGCAUCGUCGUCUCUUAAAGAUGAUGAGCAGAACUGCAAACAUGAUGUGGUGUAUUCGUCAGAGACGAUGUUGAAAAAAUGUGCCUUUUGUAAUGCACAUUUUCCUGCUUUCAAGUUGAUUUGCGUGAAAUGUAAAGGGUGCUCUUGUAUCUGGCACAAGUCCUGUUACAUCAAAAGCACAAGGCUUGGACUUGAACUGUUUAGUGAAGAAACUAGUUCAAGUGAAGAGAUGUCAGGGGAAGAAUAUAUUCCGCAUUCUAGCAGUUACUCAGACAGUUCAGCUGAAAUUACCCCCCUACGUUCAAAAUCUUUAAAUAUGCUCAUAGUGGAGGAUUGCAGUGAACUUUCGCCAGAAAUUUCAAAAAUCAGAGACAGCACAGAAACUUUCUUGGUUGAAGGGCCAGUGUCUAAAGGUGCAGAUACUACAGAGAAGCAGGUGAAAACUUGUGCGGAGAGUAAACAAGAAAAAGUAUCAGAAGUUCAGAGUGAAGUUGCAUCUGUGGAGCCUGGCACAGGAACUGGGGAAGUUGAGAGCACACAGUCUUCACACAUAUCCUCUUCAGCAAAUCCCAAAAAUUAUUGCUUCAUCUGUGACAAACCACAGUCAAAAUUGGCCCGACACUUGAAGACCCAUGAGAAGACGAAUGCCAAAGUUGCUCAAAUUUUAGCACUCCCAAAAGACUCAAAAUAUCGUAAAAAGAUGCUUGAGAAAAUGAGGAAUAAGGGUAACUUUAAACACAACACAGAUGUUUUAACAAGUGGUAGUGGACUGUUAAAACUAAAACGCAAAUCCAAGAAAAACUAUGAUGUGAAACAGUAUGUGCACUGCAUGUAUUGUCAAGGAAUGUACCUUCGGAGAGACCUCUGGCGACAUGCUCGUAAAUGUCUCUCAAAACCGAUGGAGGCUGAUGAAAAGGCAGGAAGAAAAAGAGUCUUGUCCUUGUCCAUGAUGGUGGACUCAACACUGUGUCAACAAAUAUCCCAAGGUGUAUGGAAGCUUUUAACUGUGAUGAAAGAUGAUGAAGUUUCUGCUGCUGUGCGAAGUGACUUUUACAUUCUUCAGCUUGCGCAGUCAUUUUUCAACAAACAUGGUCAAGAUCCGACCAAACAUGAAUAUAUUCGGCAGAAGAUCCGUGAAGUUGGAAGACUUCUACUGAUCCUACGCAAGGAAUAUUCAAUAUACAACCUUGAGGAUGCGAUCAGACCUGCAAAUUUUCAUAAACUUAUCCAGGCUGUCAAGGAGGUGGCUGGGUUUGACGAAGACAGGCUCUCCUAUAAAACUCCAAGUCUUGCUCUAAAGUUGGGUCACUCAUUGCACAAGAUAUGCGACAUCAUACAGUGUAGGGCUCUGAUAGCAGAAGACAAUGAGCUGGAAAAGUCAACACAGACUUUCAAAAAACUGUAUGCAUCAAAAUGGUCUGAGCUUAUUUCUCACAGAGCUUUAACAACACUGAGUGACAAGCACUUUAACAAGCCAUCCACACUCCCUUUCACUGAGGAUGUGCAGCGUCUUCACCAAUAUCUUGAAAAGAUGGCAAAUUCAGCAUCGGAGAAAUUGAAAAAUAAUCCAUCACCACAAGCCUAUGGGGAACUUUGCAGAAUAACUUUGUCAAAAAUUAUUUUAUUCAAUCGAAGAAGAGGAGGAGAGGUUUCAAAGAUGCAGCUGGAAGCCUUUCUUCAGAGGGACACAGCUACCCUACAUAAGGAUGUUGCAGUUGGUCUCUCUAAGUUUGAGCAAAAACUGUGUGCACAUUUCAGUCGUGUUGAAAUUAAGGGUAAAAGAGGCCGAAAGGUUGCUGUACUGUUAUCACCAGACAUGGUUGAAGCCCUAACGCAGCUCAUAAGCAGAAGACUAGAGUGUGGAGUUCCGGAAGAAAACCCCUUCCUCUUUGCAAGACCCAACUGUUUGACUCCUUACAGAGGACAGGACUGUCUCAGGAUUUAUGCAAAUGACUGUGGUGCACAAAGUCCUGAACUCCUUAGGUCAACACAGCUACGCAAACAUGUUGCAACUUUGUCACAGGUCUUGAACCUAAAAAAUCACGAGCUUGACCAAGUUGCUGACUUUCUGGGCCAUGAUAUCCGUGUCCACAGAGAAUAUUACAGACUUCCAGAGGCUACAACCCAGCUGGCAAAAAUAUCAAAACUACUACUUGCCAUGGAGAAAGGGACCCUUGGAAAUCUCCAAGGCAAAACAUUGGAAGAGAUUGAAAUUGAAGAUAACCUAGACUUGACAGACUCUGGUGAAAGUGAAAACGGCGAGGCUGACAAAGAAUACCCACCAGCACAAACAAAAAUGGGGAGGAGUACUAUGCCACCUGUAGAGGAACCUCCAAACACCUCAAACGAUGUGGACUCGGCUGGAGAAGGCACAUCACGAGGGAGGAGUACUAUGCAACCUGUAGAGGAACCUCCAAACACCUCAAACGAUGUGGACUCGGCUGGAGAAGGCACAUCACGAGCAUUCCCUGGAAAUGGUGCAGAAGGGGAGAAUCCUCGAAGGAGACAAAAAUGUCCAUGGUCUCCCAAAGAGAUUGCAGCAGUCAUGAAACAUUUCCGUGGGCACAUUGCAAAUGGGAAACUAGCCACUGUGACAGAAAUCAAACAGUGUAAAAAUGCUGAACGUCCUGUAUUAGACAGUCGCUCUGUUCAAAAUGUGAGAGACUUCGUCAGGAACCGCGGCAUAACACUAAAAAAAAGGAACAGCCGCUAAACGAUUAAUCAAGUUAUGAAAAUAUAUACACAGAUGUUUGACGUGUAUGUCAUGUUUGCAAAAAGCACUUGUUCUUGUUUGAAAUAAACUUGAGCAUUC